ACAGUACAGUCAGCGAUGCUUGAACCCCGCGCUCCCCUGACGGAAAACAACCCGCUUUCCAGCACGGCUCCCUCUCUCCAAACCGUGCGGAUCAGGCUCCGCCGGGAAUGCUGCGGGCACCGGGGCCGAUGGGGCGUGCGGCCCGGGCGGGGCUGGCGGCGGGGCCCCGCUGGGGCACACCCGCCCGGCGCGGCGCUCCCGGGGCGGGGCGGGAGGCGGAGCCUUGGCGCCGCCGCCGAGCCCCGCAGCGGGGCCGGGCGCUGCUGCCGCCGGAGCCUCGCCUGGCCUCCUCCCUCCCGGGCUUGCCACAUCGGCACCGCCGUUCCGAGAAGGCGCUUCCCGGAGCGGAGCGGGAGCCCAGCGCGGGGAGAUGGAGCCCCGGUGCUGCCACCGCCGCCGCCCCCCGGGACUCGCGCUCCGCCAGGGCCGCUGCUGCCACUGCCGGGACGGAGAGAGCGGCCCCGCCGCCGUCUAACGCCGCAGCCCCGGCGGCGCGGGCGGCGGGGCGGGGGGAUGCUGGGCGCGGGGGCCGCGGCGCUGCAGCUCCUCUCCCGGGCCGUGAAGCAGGCGGCGGCGCAGGGCGCUCGGCAGGACCUGGGCCGCUGGCUGUCCCGAGCCGCCGGGACGGCCGCGGGAGGCGGCGGCAGCGGAGACACCAUCGGCUUCGUCCCGGCGGAGGCGGCGGGGGCCGGCGGGCUGCUGCUGGGGCCCUGCGCGGACCAGGACGGGCUGCCGCCCGCGGAGCUGCUGCUCUGCCAGCUGCCCGAGCCGGGCGGCGGCGGGCAUGGGCUGGCCGAGGCCCGGGGCUGGCGCUGCUCCUGCUGCCUCCUGGGCACCUGCUGGUGCAAGAGCUGCUUCAGCCUGUGCGUCCUGGCCGCCGUCUGCUUCGCCUCGCUGGCCCUGGUGCGGCAGUACCUGCGGGACCUGCUGCUCUGGGCCGAGAGCCUGGACAGCCUGGCAGGCGUGCUGCUCUUCACCGUGGGCUUCAUCGUCGUGUCCUUCCCGUGCGGCUGGGGCUACAUCCUGCUCAACGUGGCCGCCGGCUACCUCUACGGCUUCGUGCUGGGCAUGGGGCUGAUGGUGUUCGGCGUCCUCGUCGGCACCUUUGUCGCCCACGUGGCCUGCAAGCGGCUGUUGUCCCGCUGGGCACGGGCCAGGAUCCAGGGCAGCGGGACGCUCAGUGCCAUCGUCCGUGUCGUGGAGGGCGGCAGCGGCCUCAAGGUGGUGUUUCUGUCGCGGCUGACGCUGAUCCCCUUCGGGCUGCAGAACGCCGUGUUCGCGAUUACAGAUUUAUCACUACCCAACUACCUGAUGGCUUCUUCACUCGGGCUGCUUCCUACUCAGCUCCUGAACUCGUACUUGGGCACCACCUUGCGCACCAUGGAGGACGUGAUUGCAGAACAAAGUGUUAGUGGCUAUUUUGUAUUCGGUUUACAGAUUGUCAUAAGCAUAGGACUCUCGUUUUAUGUCGUUCACCGGGCUCAAGUGGAACUCAAUGCAGCGAUUGUAGCGUGUGAGAUGGAAAUGAAGACGUCGCUUGUUAAAGACACUCAGCCAAGCAUCAAUGGCUCAACCACAUACUGCAGCAAGAGGACAGUAGCAUUCUCUGGAGGGGGUGUCAAUAUUGUCUGAUGUCAAGUAUUAAUGACUAAGUAAGGUUUUGUGAACCUGAGCUAGAAAUAUCUUGAACCUUGCCUAGAAGUAUCUAUGGACAAUUGAAAUGGACUUAAAAAAAUUACAAGUGAUUACAGGUUGUACUGUGGCACAAACCAACCGACCAGCUCUUUAAUUGCACAUGGGGUGAUUUCUUGCAAGACAAGGAAGAUGGCAAAGUAACUUAAGAUGUAAAUGCAAAUUUGGCUGCACCUUUGGUCAUUUAUUAUGCCUGUCAUGGCCUGUAAUCUGCACUUUAAGUAGGUUUUUUUCCUUUGCUCCUAUAAACUGAGAAAUGCUUCUAUAAACAAAAAAGUAGCACAGAGGUAAAUAUUUUUCUGCUUAGCAUUAUUUAUAAGGCUAAAUAAUUAUAUACAGUAGAAUUUUAGUACUGAUAAAGGUGAAUGAGAAAGUAUACAAUUCAGUGUAUGUUAUUCUUGAAUGUGCUUUUGCUUUGGAAUUGCUUCCAGAACUUGAAGUGUAUUAUUUAGCUAAUGAUGGGACCAUUUGGCUUUUUCUUCAUUUUUGAUUUAAAAAAAAAAAUAGAACCCUAUAUAAAGUUUUGGUUGAAUGUAUUUUUCUAAGUCAUUACAAAUGUUGCAGAGCCAUGCAAAUGUAUUCACACAAGCUUAAAUCCUACAUUGUGGGACUGAAGUGCUCUUAAAUUACAUUUUAAGUUACACUGUGUAAUAUGCAAAGUACAAGGGAAAAUGCAGAAGUUAGAUUACAAUGACUAUUUGAAUGACACUUAAUUGGUUUUGCCACCUUGGUGAUUGUAACAAAGGGCUGUUCCACAUUAGUCCUAUAUGUGAUAUUUUUAAUUGUUAAAAGGAUGAAGUUUUUCAGCUCACAUGACUGCAUAUGGUAAGGCUUCUAGAACAGGGAGCUAAGUCUCUGCUCUAAACAGAAUGAUGGGAUAUUAGCAGUACUAAUUUUACAAGAAGGUGGCCUUUAUUUUGUAAAUGAAUCCCCUCUCCCCUUAAAAAGCUUUAAAAAUUCACUUUGGUUGGCACAUUUUUUGUACUAGUUUUACAUUUUUUAAAAGAUGCAAUCUAUUACAAAUUUCAUUAGAGUGAAGAAACGAAAACUAGAGGUUCUCCUUGGAAAAAGAAAUAAUCCAGUAAUGGAGAGGACAGCAAUGUCUCUGAGACUCAGGAAUUCUGACUCCAUUUUUGCAAGACAAACUAUAUUGGAUACUGCUCCUUUUACGCCUGCUGUGGACUGUUUUUCACUGCAUUAAAUAGACUGGAUAACCUGGUGGUAACUUGUGUGUGUGUCUAAAAGAAAACAAUAAUUCCUGAACACAAUGUUCUGUAUGUGUGAGUUUCAUGUAGAUAUACAUACCAAUGUUCAAUGGCUCAAACACAUGCAAGUCAUCUGGUACAAAAAAUAAUGUAAAGUAUAGCUUCUUUUGUAGUUAUUUUAUGUGAGUUUUUAAGGAUGCUUUCAGUCUUCAAAAUUUUAUGUUGUUUUCUAACAGUAUGAUUGUGCCUCCUUUUUGUAAGGUUGUAGAGUCGAUGCAUUUUUGUGAGACUAGUGGGUCUUCAAGGCCUUUGGGAAGCAGAGAUGUGACAGCCUCUGGCAGCCUUACUGAGAGGACGCGCAGCACUCGCGUAACCGAACAUCUGCACGUUUCUUCCUGCGGAGUUCCAUUUUGUUCCUCAAAUGCCUAUCCUUUGCAGAAUGGUGUUCUUGGGUCCUGUGCCCUAAAGAACUGAGCUAGGUUAAUGAAAGCAACAAAGUUCAGAUUGUCUCCUUUCUGUUGUUUAGGGGCUUGGUUUGUUUUGUUGUGGUUUUUUUUUUUGGUUGGGUUGUGUUUUGGGGUUUUUGUUUUGGUUUUUGUUUGGUUUGGUUUCAUUUGGUUUUGGGUUUAGUUUUGACUGGUUGGUUGGUUUUUGAAAAGGCAAUCUGUAUCUACCUGGAAGUGUUAAUCUACACAUCUCUGCCUCUGUCAGCUCCUGUGUGAAAACAAGAGAGCCAGAUAACUUCUUGAUGGCGUUAUUUGUCAUCAUAGUAUAAUUGAAUAAUUGAGUCCUUUCUUAACUAAAUGGGUUUUUUUUGUUUGUUUCUUGUGAAGAACAGUCCUUCAGUGAACUGAUCUGAACUUUGCUCUAUCUUGCCAAAUGAACAAUAGUGUUUUGAAGAGGGUAGCUCUUUCUUUGCAUUUUUUAACUAACUUAAGGUUGUGUUGAUUAUUUGAAACAUUUCCCAAAUAUGUAUUUUGAAGUGCUUUUAUUUCCAUGACAUUUUGUAACCAGAGUAACUUCACUAUGUGAACACUUUUGUAGUAUGGAAUUAGUUCUUAAGACUUUUGCAUUUUGCUUGAUACUUGUAAUAUUUGUGUACAAGUUAAUGGGAAAUGUGCAUUAAAAGGAACUUUUCUGUACCAUGCCAAUCAUAAUUUUAUACAAUAAAUUCACUCAAAUUUCUUUAAAGGAAUAUGUAUUAAAUGUUUUAAGUUGCUAUGAUGUAGUUGGAAAGAAGGUGCAGGGGAUUUUCAUCUUUAUGCAGCCAUACAAAGAUAAUUGUCUGCAUCAAAGGAGAAACAAGUUAGACUUUAAGGAUGAAUUCCAUGGGUGGGGAGUUACUAACAAGGGAAAUAGACUUGAUUUUUACUUUUGUUUAAUUAAAUACAUGCUUAAUUCUAUUAGGUGCUUCAAAGGUUUGGUAUUUGCAGCUGCCUUUUUGAUAGAAGAAUAAGCUUACAUGUGCUUGUGAGAAACAUGCUACAAAACUGCAAGAGGAUUGAUAUUUCUGAGCAUAACAGUAGCAAAAUUGAUGUAAUUACUAUUUUGUUAAGAUAGGCUCCCUACCUAGUCUAGUUAAAACCCACAAAGAUAUGAAUCUAGUUUAAACAGAAUGUGGCAAGAAUAUUUUCUGGGUUGUCAUGAUGGUGGCAGUUCUGCUUCUUGUAUAUGAAAGAUACCUAAAGGGUAGGUCAUAAAGAAAGACUCUCAGCUGCGUGGCACCGUUUUUUCUUCUGCCGAGUGGUAAGUGCAACUGUGCAGUAAAUUUGUCAAAAUUUAACUUCAGACUAAGCAUCUCUGAGAAAAUCCUUUUUUUAGUCCCAGAGCUUUAUAUACUCUUUUCAUACUUAUUUUUGCACAAUAACUUGGUCAAGCAUUGCUGAGGCCAAGUUUGAAGAAUGGAAAGCUGCUCUUAGAUUGUGUGUGGCUUUUGUCCCAUACCGGAUCCUUUGCAUUCAUUUUCAGCUUUCCACCUGAGACUGAUAAAAUUUGGAUUUUGACUCAUUGAGAUAACUGGAGUCAUCAGUUGUCUUGCAAAUAAUCUAGGAUACGAUGUGUAAGAUGAAAUAUAAGUGUUCCCAUUCACACUGUGGUAGUUUUUAAUAGCCCAAGUAAAGAACUUGGGUAGCUCUGUGACAGGCUUUCUCACAAUAAUUCAAAUCUGGUACUAGUCCUGUCUGUGUAAGAUGAUGGUUUGGGCAUGAGGGGAUAUGAAUCGAUUGCAGAAGGAAAGCUGAUGCAAAUUCUGGCUGUGCUGUGCAAAGCAGCUUGUCUCUGUCCUCUCCAGUCCUGGAGAAUUAGUGAUGUGCCUGGCAGCACAGGGGUAAUGAGUCUAACAAAUUCUCUCUUCAUGGACAUUAGCAUUUGUCCUGCACUACCCUGCUGUAUUGAUUUUAAAUCUAUAUUAAUUUAUUAGUGAUAAGUAGCAAGAAGCUGAAUCUGCGGUGUCAAUCCUGUCCCUUUCCUACUACUAUAUAUUAUCCUGGUGUAUUGCUAAACUUAAAAUUACAUUUUAAUGAAGUUCUAAGUUCAUUAGUGUAAGUUAAGUCCACCUUGCUAGCCAAGUGACUAAUGUGCAGUUGGUUGGCUCUGGAUUCUCAAUUCAUUUGGGAAAUUAGCUGGGCCAGAUUUGCUGUUGUGAGAUGAAAAGUCCUCUAACUUUCCUUCUAAUUGUUUAGAGCUUCAGAUGCAUUGCUAAAGAAAUUAGCAGAACAGGGUUAAUGUACUGGGGGUUUUGCUUUGUUUUAGAACAGAAGUCAUUAGCAAGGUAGCAGAAGGGUUUCUUCUGCCUGAUCCUGAGACUUGAAUAUUAGGUGCCAUCCUUUUAGGAAGAUGGCGUUUCCAAAGAUGUAGCUCACAUAAGCUUAUGUCAUUCGAGGUAAUAAAGGACUGGCUUUGGUGCAGAGGAUGCAAAACUUGGAUCAUUCAGUUAGUGUGACAAGUCUGUUUACAUCAUGCAAUCUCCAGCCCGCACAGUUUGUCAUUGGUGACUGCAGUGCAUUGCUUCCCAUCCUCCUCUGCAGGAGGAGGAAUUUAGAGAGCUGCAAGUUGUUCAAGCUGAAGGGAAAGAAAUAGUCAUCUGGGCACAGUGGACACAGUUUGAAGAGUUAAAUUGACCGUGUUGCCAGACAUUUGAAUACACCUAAGUGCCUUGGUUCUGUAAUUGCCACAUCCUAUGGCACCUUCUGCAUCUUACCAGGGCAGGGCAGCUGGGUAGCCUUGCCUUGAGGCAAGGCAGCAUUUUCUCUUCUAGAGAAUUCUAGCAUGCUUUGACUUUUAGACCUCUUAACUUCUGAAAUAAUCUUCUGCUGACUUUUCUGUAAAUUAGAAAGGUUUAGUUUGUCCUAAUAACAGGGUAAGAUCACCUGGGAUACAAAUCUGUGUGCCGAGUGGUGUUCCUGUGUGUGCGUGAGCUCCCUUUGCUGAAUGUGGGGUGUUUCCCUCUGUUCCCUGUAAGCUGCAGCUGUUUCCCUUAAAGUUUGCAAGUAGGUGGCUGGGUGGGAGGAAGGACGGAAAGGCCUGCGGUGAUGAACUGUUCUAAUAACAAAUUUUCACUGUGCUUUGGAAACUUGAUUGCUUAAGAUCACAAAUAUUCUCCAUGUAAUGUGAGAAAUGGUAGGUGGUGAGGGGAAUAGACUAAUGAAUUCUCUGAUUUUUGUGAGGGAGUAAGAAUUUGCUUGAAUAGAUUAUGAAGUACCCAGAUGAUAGAGGGUUGGUUUUGGUUGGACUUUUGGGGGUGGAGAGGGGUGGGGGUGGUACUACUGGAAGUAAAUAACACUGAAAUGGCAACACUAUGAAGCUUUAAACCUUGACUUUUUAUGACUGUUCCAGGUGUCUUUUACAGCUAUGGGUGAUAAUGCCUCAGAAGAAGCUGGAGUAAACACUCAGAGAGUGUUUCUUGGAUUCUGUAGAGCUGCUGGAUGCACACCUCUGCCUCCAGGACCCGCUUUUUUAAUUUGAGCUAGAGAGGUGCAAACCAGAAGUAAUGGCUAGAUCUCAUCAAAAGUGGAACGUUUGUUGCUGCCCUUUUGAUGUCUUAUGCAGCAGCAGCACAUGGCAGAUGGUUUGCCUGCCUGAAAGGCUUCCUUUUUGCCUUGCUCUGCUUUGCCUGGCACAGGUGGUGGCUGGGGGAAGAAGAGCUGUGCACUUGUCAUUUGCUUUUCCACCAGCUGAGGAGGCAGAGAUUGCUGAGCUGAAGCCAGAAGUUGCUCUGUCUUUCAUCCCCAAAUCACUACGAGUAACUUCCUUUCCCUGUGAUCUAAAAAAAAAAAAGAAAUUACAAAACCAACCCAAAAUAUAUGAUAAUUAAUAAAAAACCCCCAAACACUGCCACCCAAGAAAGCUUCAGAACUGGUAAAAUUCAUACCAGUUAAUUAAUAUUCUAUAUAUUUUCCCAUAGAUGUAAAUUGAGGUACAAAAUGAUGGGUUUUUUUCUGUUCAGACAGCUGUAGUAAUCUCUUCCACUUUCAGCAACUCCUGUGAGGUUCUGCAGUCAGUGAGCUUGUGAGGGACCAGUGCUGUGGUAGCUGUGCAGGGAUUUCCUUGCAGCUGACAUUGGACAGAAUGACUGAUUUCCAACCAUUUUCAUGUGGCACUGAAUUUUAGGGUUUCACAGUUGUAGAAACCAUAGCCACGUGCACAUGUGCAGCUCCAAGGUCAUAUAGACUGGUGCUUUACAAGCAUUUUGUGUUGUGUUCUGUGGGAAUGCUGCAGUGGUUGUAAUAUGAUGUGUGUCUUUCCAGGUUUUAGCCAGAGCACAGCUGAUUUUUGUGCAGUGAGUUGAAAUGUAUUUCUCUGACUACAGCAUGCUUCUUUCCCCCUGCCCCGCAGCAGCCACAGCAGUUUCUCAGAUGUUGUAUGGUUAUCAUUUGGUUUGCAGGCAAAUAGAGGACUCUGCUAUGUGUACAUGCUGGUCCAUCAUUGAGCAGAUCUUUUUCAGUGGUUGUCUCCUUUCAGCUGAGGAAUCUAUCCGUCUUUUUUCCACCCACUUCGCUCAGUCUAAUAACAGACAUUCUUCUUGCAAUGGAUGCUUCCUUUAAUUGAGUUGGGUAUGGUAGUGUUCUUUCAAACAAGCUUAGAGGUGGGAAAAUGGCAGGGUCUGGAGAAAUAACUCUGGCUGGGCUCCUCAGAGCCCUGGCAUUUGCAAUGCAGAAAAGUAUUGUAGUAAUGAGUUUCAAAAAUGUUUCCAUAAAGAAUCAGUUUGAGAAUUUAAAAUUUAGAGGAGGAAGGGGAAAGUUGCAAUUAGUGAAAUAAUAUUAGUAUACUUAGCAAGUGGUAAAAACCCUGGCAGCUAUAAUUAGAGGACUUUAUUCUCUCCUUUUCAGUGAGUCAUUCCAUAAAGAAUGGAUUAAAUGUAUUUUUAAAAUUCUUUUUACUUGUUAAAACCCGAAUAGGAAAGGAAAGGGAGUCACAGAAGAAUGUAUUAGCAAUGCAGAAAAUGCAGACUUGUACAGAUUACUGAAUAUUAACCUUGAGACAAGGCAGAAAUUUGCUUUUUUAAGUGGCAGGUAUGUUGGUACAAAUCUACUUUUCUUCAUAUUUUUUCAAUUAUAUCUGCUCUGAUAAACAGAGGUUAAAAAGUAGUCAUGUAGUGAAGCAUGGGUAGAUUUGUAUCACAUGAGUUAUAUUCUCUUGGGCAAAAGUCCUUGAGUAUUCAAGGACUUAUGUGUAGAGCAGAAGAAUCUGGUGUUCUCUUCCUAUGCUCCAUGUUGUGUAUGAGCCACUUCAGUGUCUCAGAAUUGGCCAAAUGUGUAGCUGUGAUAACGUGGUAUAAGACUGAGCAAAUAAUCCCUCCGCUUAGCAGCAGCUCUAACCAGCUCAGAACUUGAUAGAGGAAAGCUGGGAGAUGCACCUGCGCUUUCUGGUAAUGGAUAUCAUUGGCCAUUAUCAUAGUGAUAUUUACAAUGUUUGAGGUACCUCUGAUGGAAGCCCUUUACAGGUGUACUGUGUGAUAAUAUUUACCUAAAUAAGAGAUGAGUUUUCUCCUAAAAAAACCAACCAAACAAACAACCAACCAAACAGAAAAAAA